GGGGUCUUUAAACCACUCGCUUCUGCCUAACUCUACGCCCUCUCACAAUCUCUCCUUCUUCACUCCCAUUUAUAUAAUUCCAUUCUCCAUCCCCAAUUCCUUCACAUCCCCAUCUCCCCAUCUCUUAAUCCAACCUCACCAUCCUCUCUCCCAUGGCUGAAUCCGCCUCUGCAACCUCUCUGCUCAGAGAUGAGCUCGACAUCGUCAUCCCCACCAUCAGAAACCUCGACUUCCUCGAGAUGUGGAGGCCCUUCUUUCAGCCCUAUCAUCUCAUCAUUGUCCAAGAUGGGGACCCUUCCAAGACCAUCAAAGUCCCUGAUGGUUUUGAUUAUGAGCUCUAUAAUCGUAAUGACAUUAAUCGCAUUCUUGGUCCUAGAGCCAAUUGCAUUUCCUUUAAGGACUCUGCUUGUCGAUGCUUUGGUUACAUGGUCUCCAAAAAGAAGUAUAUCUUCACCAUUGAUGAUGAUUGCUUUGUUGCAAGUGAUCCAUCUGGAAAACCCAUCAAUGCACUUGCGCAACACAUCAAGAACCUCCUCUGCCCCUCCACCCCCUUCUUCUUCAACACCCUUUACGAUCCUUACCGUGAUGGUGCCGACUUUGUGCGUGGAUAUCCCUUCAGUCUGCGAGAGGGUGUCCCGACCGCUGUUUCUCAUGGCCUCUGGCUUAACAUUCCUGAUUAUGAUGCACCAACUCAGCUUGUUAAGCCUCUCGAGAGGAACACAAGGUUUGUGGAUGCUGUUCUAACUAUCCCAAAAGGCACUUUGUUUCCCAUGUGCGGUAUGAAUUUGGCAUUUGACCGAGAUCUCAUCGGCCCUGCAAUGUACUUUGGACUCAUGGGUGAUGGCCAACCAAUCGGUCGAUAUGACGAUAUGUGGGCAGGCUGGUGCAUCAAGGUUAUAUGUGACCAUCUGGGGCUGGGAGUAAAGACAGGACUGCCCUACAUCUACCAUAGCAAGGCAAGCAACCCAUUUGUGAAUCUUAGGAAGGAGUACAAGGGAAUUUUUUGGCAGGAAGACAUCAUCCCAUUCUUCCAACAAGUGGUUCUUCCAAAAGAUUGCACCACUGUCCAAAAGUGCUAUAUUGAGCUGGCCAAGCAAGUGAAGGACAAGCUUAGCAAAGUAGAUCCAUACUUCGACAAGCUGGCAGAUGCCAUGGUGACUUGGAUUGAAGCUUGGGAUGACCUCAACCCAGCUGGAGCUUCUGCUAAGUUGCCCAAUGGCAAAGUGUAAUCGUUUAAUACGUGCAACUAUAGGUGUUCGAGCUUUAAUAACUUCAUGAGUUUUUUGGAUUUUUUAUGUACUUUUUUGUUUCUCAAUCUACUCUUUGUUAUAAAGCUGUAGAAACAAUAAGAUAUGGUGAUCAGGUUCUAGUUUGUACCAGAGUUGUGAUAGCCAGAAAUAUAAAGUGAUAUUUAUUUCUCAAUGUUCAAGUUGA